UAAAUCUCUAUUGGCGAGGGAUAGGAGAAGCACAACUACCAUUCUACAGUCUAUCCUUAUGGUUUAUACACCAGUAAAUCUCUAUUGGCGAGGGAUAGGAGAAGCACAACUACCAUUCUACAGUCUAUCCUUAUGGUUUAUACACCAGUAAAUCUCUGCAUUGGCGAGUGGCUUUAGGACUUCCGUGUCAUUACACAAACAGACGAUACCUCCUUCUAUUGAACUAACAGCCGCUGUUAAACCACCCAGCUACUUCCUGACGUCUGCGAUUCAGACCGGAAAACCAAAUAUAACUCCGGGUUUUAACUCCUUUAAAAACAAAUAACCACCAUGGAAUCAACAUCUAACAACUACGAGCGGAACUGUGUUCUGUGUUGUCAGGAGCUCGACAUCUUCGCCCUGGGGAAAUGCGACCACCCGGUGUGUUACCGCUGCUCGACCAAAAUGAGGGUGCUGUGCGACCAGAAGUACUGCGCCGUGUGCCGGGAGCAGCUCGACAAGGUGCUGUUUGUGCAGAAGUUGGUGGCGUUCUCCUCUCAGCCCCUCCAGACGCUGCAGGUGGAAAGGAAACAUGACAUCUACUUUACAGACUCCAAGAUAUACGCUCAGUUCAGGACACUGCUGCAGUCUGAGUGUCCUGUGUGUCCAGAGUCUAAAGUAUUCUCUAAGUUUGAGGAGUUGGAGCAGCACAUGAGGAAACAGCAUGAACUCUUCUGUUGCAAACUCUGUACCAAACACCUGCAGAUCUUCUCCCAUGAGAGGAAGUGGUAUAACCGGAAGGAUUUGGCACGUCACCGUACCCAUGGUGACCCAGAUGACACGUCUCACCGCGGACACCCGCUCUGCAAGUUCUGUGAUGACCGUUACCUUGACAACGACGAGCUGCUGAAACACCUCCGUAGAGACCAUUACUUCUGUCACUUCUGUGAUGCUGACGGAGCCCAGGAGUACUACAGUGACUACCAGUACCUGAGCGAACACUUCCGGGAGGCCCACUACCUGUGUGAGGAGGGGCGCUGUGCUACGGAGCAGUUCACCCACGCCUUCAGGAGCCAGAUCGACUACAAAGCCCACAAGGCCUCAGCACACAGCAAGAACCGAGCCGAAGCACGACAGAACCGACACAUAGACCUGCAGUUCAGCUAUGCCCCUCGCCAGACCCGACGCAACGAUGGUGAGACUGGAUACUGUGCUUUUCUGUCUAAACAAACUGGAUUUCAGGCCUGCUUAGUAACAACACACUGUGUGUUCCUUCAAGGAGGCAUGGUGUCUGGAGAGGACUAUGAGGAGGCGAGGUCGGGUCGGGGGGGAAGAGGAAGGAGCCAAGGGAACCAACCGAACACCAGAGGUAGCUGGAGAUACAACCGUGAGGAGGAGGACAGGGAGUUGGCAGUAGCAGUCAGAGCCUCUUUGAUGCAGCAGAGGAGACAGGAGGACGGAGGACGAGACACCCAGGACAGGAGCGGAGCGCCCAAACACCGCAAAGAGGAGCGGAUGGAGAGGCCCGAGCGGAUGGAGAGGCCCGAGCGGAUGGAGAGGCCCGAGCGGAUGGAGAGGCCCGAGCGGAUGGAGAGGCCCGAGCGGAUGGAGAGGCCCGAGCGGAUGGAGAGGCCCGAGCGGAUGGAGAGGCCCGAGCGGAUGGAGAGGCCCGAGCGGAUGGAGAGGCCCGAGCGGAUGGAGAGGCCCGAGCGGAUGGAGAGGCCCGAGCGGAUGGAGAGGCCCGAGCGGAUGGAGAGGCCCGAGCGGAUGGAGACUGAGGAGAGACACAGGAGUGUUCCUGUCAAACCUCCAGCAGAAGCUCCCCCAGUGAGGACCAUGAAGAGUAACCCUCUGACAGGAGACGACUUCCCAGCUCUCCUGGGGGCUGCAGCACCCACACUGAGUGUAAAGACCCCCCCAGCCCUGAAGACUCCAGCCCAGGUCCCUCUGAAGGAGGAUGACUUCCCCAGUCUAUCUGCUGCCAUGGUUAUGACCCCCAUGACCCCCGCCUACUCCGCCCAACCCAGGAAGCACUCCUCCUUCCAAGAAGAAGACUUCCCCGCCCUGGUCUCUAAGAUCCGCCCUCCCAGACCAGCGGGCGGAGCUACCUCAGCCUGGAGCCAAGCCAGCAGCAGCAACACCUCCAAGACGGUCAUCCUUCCCUCCUCUUCCUCUAGACCUCCCCCUAACAACCCUCCUCUCCCCCUCCCCGCCGGCCCCCAGCUCCUCUCCUCCUCCUCUUCCUCUCGGAGGAAAAAGCACCCCGUCCGCCGCCCCUCCCCCCCAUCUGAUGAUGACAAUUGCGUUGCCAAGACGAUGCAGGAGCACCGAGCAGUUCCAACCAUGUUGGAUAUCUCCUCUCUUCUCAUCGUCAAAGGACCCUCUAAAUCUGCCCCUACUGCCUCUAAGCCCCUCCAAUUGACAGCUAAACCCCUCCCACCAACCGCCAAGUCUCCCCCACUGACAGCUAAGCCCCUCCCACCGACCUCUAAGCCCUCCCCUGUGACAUCUAACCCCACUCCUAUUCCCGCCCCAAGCCCCACGUCCAAGACAGCCAAGAAGAAGAAACAGGCCACGCCCCCUCCAUCAUCAUUUGGGAACCAAGUUCCUGUCCUCAUGGAAACGGUCUCCAGGGUACAGAAGGAGAACGUUCCGGAGAGCCACGCCUCCAAACCACUGGUUGCUAUGACGACGGCAGCAGUUAAAACCGCUGUAAAAUCAAAGGUCAAAGCAAGUGGAUUGGCUAACGGCCACCUGGAUAAACCAGUCACAGUGGCCCCACUCCCUAAAGCCCAGCCGGAACCCCCCCUGGAGGUAGAGGAGGAGUUCCCUGCCCUCAUCUCCAAGAAACCCCCCCCAGGCUUUAAAAGUUCCUUCGUCCUGAAGAGUUCUGCCCCCCCCAGAAACCUGUCCCCCCCUCCCCCCGGCCAGGGCAGCACCACCCCUCCCAGUAAGCCCCCCCCAGGGUUUACCGGCAUCCCCCUCAACAGCAACGUGGUGGAGCCUGCCCCCCCUGCAUCCAGCCCCCGCUCUCCCCAGUCCCCGGGGGUGUACCUGGCUCCAGAGAACUUCCAGCAGAGGAACAUGGAACUGAUCCAGUCCAUUAAGAACCUCCUGCAGAACGACCAGUCACGAUUCAACCAGUUCAAGGACUACUCUGGACAGUUUAGACAGGGUCUGAUGUCAGCCGUGCUGUACCACCAGAGCUGUAGGACUCUGUUAGGGGACAACUUUGGCGGUGUCUUCAAUGAGCUGCUGGUGCUACUUCCUGACACGAGGAAACAGCAGGAGCUGCUGACGGCCCACGCAGACAACCGGGCCAUGGAAAGACAGGGGGGGGGCGGGACCAGGAAGAACAGGAAGAGUGCCUGGCAGACCCCCUCCAGCGCCAUCUCUAAUGCAGCCGCGCUGGACUGCCAGGUAUGCCCCACCUGCUGCCAGGUGCUGGACCCUAAAGACUUCAACUCCCAUAAGACCUUGCACCUGGGGGACAACGAGGACUUCCCCUCCCUGCAGGACAUCAGCCGCAUCAUCAGCUAGCCCUGGCCUGGGACAGACAUGCACACUGCCCAAUCACAGCCCUGCCUGUUGCCAUUCAGGGGGAGCCUGUUUCCAUGGUGACCAUGGCCAGAGAGGACGUUGGGUAGUGUAUUUGAUGGCAAGGCUGGGGCCAGCAGGAGGUUGAACUGAAUUCUGGUUGCCAGAUGUUGACCUGAUUCCCGGUGUGAUUCCGGCUGGACCUGGACCCAGCCUGGCGACCCGAACCUGGAGGGCCCUACAAGUACCACAUGUUGUGUAUUAAUAAGAAGAAUGGUUCUAUAUAUUUGAUUUUUCUCCCCUCUCUCUUCUGAUCACAUUUCCAUUAUGUUGAUAAAGUGUUGAAGGAG